AUGCUCUCCCCAAAAGGCCGGCUCAAACCCGACAAGUCACCCCCGACAGUCUAUCGUCGCGUCGCCCAUCACCACCACCGGCGCGCAGAGGAGGAUGCAAAUGCUGAGCUGCGGGAACCGAAGGGAGAGCACGAAGGCUGGUUUGGCAGACUGAUCGACAAAGAGCGACGGCACCAUCGCCAUCACCACCAUCAGCACCAGGAGCGGGAGAACGAGCGGAGCGGAUCCAGGGACGAGGACGCCGCCGAACGGGACAAACGCAGCAGGAAGAGGAGAGACUCGUCGGUCGUCGAAGCACCGGACGCUACCGACCAAAAUGCCGCGGGAGACGAGCCGAGCGAUCCUGCUUUCGAGCCUCGCUCCGAGACGAGCGAACGGGCGAGCAAUGGACGCGACUCGCCACCACCGCAAGACAGCGAUGGCGAUGCGACAGAUGUCAUGACCGACAGUGACCAUGAUCCUACUUCUCCUACACUUCCCGCUCCGCCUCAAGCAACGCCGCCCACGACUGCUUCCGCAUCGUUCCCCCGACCCGCACCUCCGCCAGCCAGUUAUGCUGCCUCGCCGUCUCCUUCGGCUUACCAGAACUCCAGCCGCCCAACAUACACUCCUUCUUACCCGACAGCGGCGUAUUUGCUCAAAGCUGCUGCACCUCAGCCGCCUCCUCCCUCUUUCGCACGACCAGCUUCGACUUCGCGGCCGAUCUCGACAGCGCAGCAGCAACAAGCGGACCUUCGUUUUAUCGCGAGUCAUCCUGCGCCGACGCCGCAGGUGCGGGUGCAGCAGAGAGCGACGCCAUCGACUGGACGUCCGUUCGAGCGGCGAGCGACACCUUCGGCCCAAGGACUGCCAGGUGCUUUCGCUGGCGGAUCGUCCAGUACGUUAGCGCCCAGUCCGCCUGCAAUGCUGUCUUCAGCGCCAUCCCGACCUCCUUCGCAAAUUCCGCCUUCUUACCCUCAGGCUACGCCAUACACCUCAGCGCCCGCCGCGGGCUCGCCGCCGCCUCGAUUAUCACUCCCAGGCGCCUUCCUCCCGCGCGUGUCGAGCGCUCCCACAGCCGCACUUUCCCCCGCUUAUCCGCCAAUCCAGCCGCCGAAUCCUGCGUACCAGGCUACGCCUCGACAACCCUAUCUGCCUGGCGCAUUCGGCUAUUCAGCAUCUCCGCCCGUUCCCUUCGCAACGCCACAAGCGUACGCCCAGCCGCAGCCCAGCGCGCCCCAUAGCGUUCCAGCUCCGGCGGCAGGCUACUCAUCGAGCUCUCCGCUUCUCUCGCCGACGCCGUACAUGCCAGCUCAGCCCGAAUCGCCAUCCUCCUCUCCACCUUUCUCGCCCAUCGAUUAUCCCGUCAACUACGAUGCUAGGCCCGAUUCUCGGUUCACGCCUCCUGCGACUCAGGUUGUUGCACCACCGCCGCCUGCGCAAGGAUCGGCGUACGCUCAGCAACCUGUCGCAGCGACUCAGCCUAUGGCCGCCGCGAGCUUCGCCUAUCCUACCUCGAGCUAUUCUCCUUCUGCCGCAUCGAGCCCGGGCCCAGCGCAAGCCUUCGAGCCUGUCGCCGCGUCCAGUCAGGCGCCUGCUACCCCCUAUGAGACGCGCAGUGACCCGCCUUCGCCCCGCUCUCUCGUAGCCGCACCACCCGCCGCGUCCGCCUUCGAGCCUCAGAUCUCUUCAACUGCCGGAGCUGCGCCGUCCUACCCUUCGUCAGAUCCAGCCAACGAUCCGCCCGACGAUCGCUUCUUGCCGCAGCCGUCCUCCUCGGCGGCAUCUAUGGCCAGACCGCCACCGUCCCAGGACCAGCCGGCGCACAAUCCGUCUUCUUCGGCCGCCAACUUCAACUCUGAUGGCGCGGCGAGCGACGGCGACGACGACGACGCUUUUGUGCCCAAGUCGGAGACGCUCUCUCGCUCUGCGACUCGUCCUGCGGCGGGCGGAGCGGACGAUGCGAGCGACGACGCAGACUCAUUCGACGCCCGCCGACCGCGCCAAGGAGAUGCGCCAGGUCGCCGUGACGAUGUCGGUCAGGAUGAGCAGUCAGGCGACGCGUUCCAGCCGCGAUCGGCCCGCGCAGACGAGGGCUACGACUCUGAGCCGGACGGACAGGUCACUCAGGCUCCUCGCACGAACGACGGCAGGAGUGGAGGGCCCUACGAGCCUCAAGAGCGGGUGCGAGACUCGUCGGAUCUGUCGACAGGCGAGGAUGGCGACUCUCGCCGACCAGGUCCCGACGAUCCUGAUCCUCAGCCCGACACCGCUUACCGCCCGAGCGAUCCAAACGAUCAGCAAGACCAGUCUGAUAGGCGUCCUCGGCAGCUCGCCUCGGCAGCCCCCGGUGAUUCUUCCGCUCAAGAAAACGACAGCGGCGACUCUUUUACUCCUCGCGCCAGAUCUCACGACGCUGAUACCGGCGAGCCUGAUUUCUAUGACCAAGAUGCGCAUGGCCUCGGAGACGGUCGUCCGGGAACGAGACGAGCGCAGGAUAAUGCGGAGGACGACAUCCAGGGCCACCAAGAUGCGGAAGACGACUUCAGCCCUCCCGCGGCAGCCGGCGGACGGCCUCAAAAUGACACGUACGCGGAUGCCGUUGAAGGGCGCGCCGGAAGGCGUGAUUCACGCUUCGACAACGAUGAUCGGAAAGCUCGCUCGACUGAUCCCUCGAGCCUGUCCGACGACGAACUUGAUGCCGGCGAUUCGGCCUCGAAGCCCGACGACGACGAUGUUCGUUCUCGCCCGGCAGCAGCAGCAGCUGCUGCUGCAGGUGCAGGUGCAGGUGCAGGUCUCGGCGGCGCAGCCGGCUAUGCUGCUGCUGGAGGAUUCGACAAAGAUGAUGGCGACCGGGGAGGAGGGGUUACGGACGCCGAGCGCGACUCGGACGCUCGCAAUGCGCCCAGAGACGACCUAGCUUCCGACGAAUCUCCCGCUGCACGACAAGGCGGCGCCGACGACGGACGCGACGCUUUCGAGCCUGCCAGUCGCCGUUCUCGCGAUGAAGACGACGGCAACGACCAGACGGCGCCUGACCAACCGGCUGACGACGCAUAUGCGCAGGAUCAGCGAGAUUCACGAGGAGGGCUCGCAGACACGCCGCCCAAGGAAAAUUUCGCGAACGACGCAAGUGUCGGAGACCGCGAUGACUUCGCCGACUCCGCUAAUGGCGCAGGUCGCGAUGCUUCCUUCAAUGACGGAGCAGGCUCUCGGUCGGAUGGACGAGAUCAAGGCUCCGGUCGAGCUGGCGACUUCGGCGGCGCACAAGACGACUUUUCGGACCCCGGCGACGACUUUGGGAAGGGAGGUCGCGACACGGCUAAUGGUCGCAUGGAUGAUGUUGGCGGCGACAGCUUUGCGGGCGGUCAGGACAGCUUCGCAGGCGGGCAGAACGACACCCCGAAGGACAAUCUUGCUGGCGGGCAGGACAAUCUUCGCGACCAGUACGACUUUUCGAAGGACGGCAUGGGUGGCGGGAGCGACUACGGCGGAGGUGGAAGCGGGUUUGGCGGAGGGCGCGACGACGACUUCGGCCAGAGCGGCCUUUCGGGCGAUCAAGGUGACUACGGUGGACGCAACGCGGCGGCAAACGACGAUUGGGGAGGUCAAGGCGGCUAUGGAGGCGGAGGGGACGAUUCUCGAGACCGGAACGACUUCGCCGCCGGCGGCAACGACUUUGGGCGCGACCGCGAUCGCGAUGCCUCGGGACGAGACGAUUCCCGCGACGGAGACUUGCAGGGCGAUGAUUGGCAGGACCAGGCGGACGAUGACUGGCGCCGAAGGGAAGACCGGGGAUUGGGGGACGAGGAAGCUUCCGGCGCGGCUCGAGGUGUCGACGAUGACUACGAGGAUGAUGCGCGGCUCAGGCGUUCGCAUCGGAACCGUCGUGGUCGAGAUGAGGAGGAGGAUGAGGACGAGGAAGUGAUUCGAGCGCGUCACGCCUUUGAUGGAGAACGAGCCCAGCUCGAACGACUUUUGCGCGGUCGCUCGACUCCGAGUAGGCUCGUCGCAGCGUUGAGCGCGAUCAUCCUCAGCUGCAGUGCUCUACGUUACGCGCAGCAUCUCGCGGGCUCCAGGCAUCUCGAACCGUACCCCGACGCGCGAAAACUACGAGUGGACGACUCCCUCUUCGUCCAGGCGAUGAGCCACUGCGAGCGAGACCUCCGAAGCGAGCUGGAGGCGGCGCGGACCCGCUCGCGACGCUCUGGACAUGCUCGCAAGGUGUACGAGCAGGUCAAGUCGCAGCUUGCCGACGUCCACGCUCUACAAGCCCGCCACCACCAGCGUCUCCACCGCAAGCAUCUCAAUGAGCUCGACAACCCGUCCGCAAGUCGCGAGGAGAAGGGUGCUGCCGCAGCGAAUGCGCACUACGUCGCCGUCCACGAACUUCAUUCGGCACGUCUGGCGCAAGCGCAUGCUCGUCGCCACCUCGAAGACUGCGAGGAACACGGCUCGGACGCCGAUAUCGAGGAGGCGAGAGACAGGCUCGACCAGGCUGACGAGCGCGUACGACGAGCCGAGGCUCGACUUGCGGAAUCGGAAGAGGCGGCGCACGACUCGGCAGACGCUCUUCCUCGACAACACCAUCUCAAGAUCGCCGAGAAGAAGGUCGACGAUGCUCAAGAAGAGUUGGAUCACCUAGAAAAGUCAGGAGCGCCGCCCGAGGAGAUUCAUGAGGCGAGACAGCGAUUGGCGGCUGCUCAAAAGGAGGAACGUCACGCCCGGGCAGCACAUGAGGCCGACGCCGGCCAGAUGAAGGACCACGACCAACCUCCCGACUCGCCCAAAUCUCCUCCUGAGGAGCAUGCCGCUGCGGUCGCUGCGGUCGCGCAAGCUCGCCGACAUGCUGAGCGACAUCCCGACGACCCGAAAGCUCGACGCCACCUCGAAGCGGCCGAGAAGGAGCUUCGCCACGUCAAUGAGCGUCACGAGCGCCAGCACAAGGAUCUCGCCGCCGAACACCGCCGGCUUCGCUCCGACCCGAACGCUCGACCCCAAGACGUCGAAGAAGCGCAUCGUCGUCAUCACCUCUCUUCGGUUCACGAGGUCGCUCGCCACCGUGAGAGUCUAUCCGACGCCGAGCAGGAACUCCACGAGGCCGACAGGAGCGCGCCUGACGACCACGCUCGCAUCGCCCAUCUGCGCGACAAGGUUCAGCAGCACCGAGACGCACUUGCGAAGGCAGAAGGGGAGGAAGCGGCACUUCGGAACGGUCUCCAUCCUUCACACCGACUUCAGGCAGCUCAGACCGCGCACGAGCAUGCCGUCUCGACCGUCGACCGUCGCCGAACUGAGCUCAACGAGCUCCGGAAUGAAGGCGCUUCGCAGGCUCAGCUCGAGCAUGCGGAAGAGCGGCUGCGUCGUGCCCAGGACCAUGCCGCGCAGACGUCUCGUCAUGUCGAGGUGCUCGCUGCACGCCGUGACGGCGAGCAGCAUGCUCACUGGUCUGAGCGCACGCCGGAGUUCCACAACGAGCAUGAGCGUCACCACGCAGAUUUGAGCGCAAGAUCUCAUCACCAGCACCAUCGGCUUCUUCACGCCAAGGCGGAAGCGCUCGCCCAUCCCGAAAACCGCGACAAGCAGGCAGCUUACGACCGCGAAAGGGACGCUCACCGCGCUCUCGCAGCCGAAGCGAAGCACCACAAAGCGCAUACAAGUCGCGCGCACCGAGUUCAGAUUGCGGAGGAUGCCGCGGCGAGCGCGGGAGCUUCGCUUGCCGACGCUCAAGAGGCGCAUGUCGCAGCCGAAGAAGCGCAUCGAGCGCAUCCGACGGCGGAGAACGAGCGACGACUCCGAGCAGCCGAGCAUCGCCUUCAUCUCGCGCAGGAACGUCACGGCGAGGCUAGCUCCAAAGUCCAGCACCAGCGGCACAAGGCGUCUGUCGAAGAAACGAAGCGGAGGUUGGAAAGUCUCGAUGAACGCGCCUCAGAGGCGGAGCGGCGAGAAGCGGAGCGCGCUCACGACGAUGCGCUGCGACGGCAUCACCACUUCCGGCAUGACCUGCUAGCCCGGCGACAUCAGCAGUCGAACACCUUCGACGCGAGGCUGCGGCAGCGCCGCACAAUCAGGCGCUACAAGCUGAACUGCAUGAGCACGAGGAGAAGCUACGUCGUCUGA